AUGAAUCUUUCAAUACUAUUAUACCUAGACGAUACUCAACAUACACAACCACAAUCAAAAUCGACCGCCCAAUUCCCCUCCUCCAUGGCCUCAUACUCGCGAUAUCAUGGAUACAAGGUUAGUAGGAGCAGAAGUAAGACUGUGAGUCCGAGGAGGAGGGAUAGAGAUUAUGAUAGCCGUGAGAAGGAUUACAGAGACAGUGAUGAUCAUGAAGAUGGGAGGAGGAAUGACAAGUAUGGCAGAGAUGCUGGAAGGAAAAGACAUGGGAGUCUGAAGAGGAGCAAGAGCCCGGUCAGGGGAGGCCGCGAGCAACGAAGGGCUAGGAUUGAGCAGCAAAAUAAAGAGAGGAAGGAGAAUUGGCUUUAA